UUUAAAAUCUUGCCUUGGUGCAAGCAUGGAGACAUCGACUAUGGCUGCCCAAGUUCCGCCCCGAGCCAGGACCCAUCAGCCUUGCGCUGCUUGUAGGAUGCUGAGGAGGAGGUGUGAUAGAGACUGCAUAUUAGCACCAUACUUUCCAAGCUAUGAGGCUGAGAACUUCGCUGGUGUGCAUAAAGUGUUUGGUGCUAGCAAUGUUAUCAGAAUGAUUCAGAUGGUGGAGGAAUCGAGGAGGGAGGAUGCUGUCAAAGCCAUAAUUUAUGAAGCAACAGCAAGGCUUAGAGACCCUGUGUAUGGCAGUGCUGGAGCAAUUUUCCACUUGCAGAAGAUGAUUCAAGACCUCAAAACACAACUGGACUCGAUAAGAACUCAAACACUGGUGCUUCAAGAACAAAGAGACCAGUUGUUAGGGAUUCUAAAAAAUGUUCAUCACAUGGAUCCAGUUUCCCCCAUGGAUUUCCCCAUGUUUGGCGCUGCUGGUUCCUUAUCCAAUGGUGAUAUAUUGUGCUAUGAUCCUUCUACAUUUCCCUUAGACAGUGACUGGACUUGGUGAGGAACAAAAACAAAAGAUGCAUAUAUAUAUUUUCAGUUUCAAAGAACUCUUAUUGUACAAUUAUAUUCCCAAAGAAUGUUAGUUGGUAGAAUCAUGUUCUAGUUUCCCCUUUGUUAUAUGCCUAUU